GUGAUCAGACUGAUAUCGACAAACGCAUUUUUAAGGAAGGUAUUCGUCUCUUAGAGGACAAAAAUGUACGGUUUGCUAUUAUUAAAAUGAUUUCAUGCAAUGGUGCGGAAAGUAUCUCAUUUACAGAGGCAAAGUGCGGGUUUGAAGUUUUAUUGGACAAUGACAAAGAACCGUCGUUUGUCCCAUUUUCAGUGAUGUUUGGAAAAGGUGUUUCUUUCCUGAAAGAAAUGGAAAAUGCCAAUAGCGAGGAAAUAGAGAAACUACAAGGUCCAAUGAAAGAGGCUAUAUUGUGUCUUGACAAGUUUUACAAAUCGAAAGGAAAAAAUGAAACUUCAUUGAAAACAGUCUUUGAUAUGAGGCAUGAUGGGAAAUCCACAAUCACCGAGACAGAUAUAACUAUUUCGCUGGCUGAGCAUCUUCUAGCUAAGCUAGCACCCGGGGAAUCAUAUGUACUUGACAGCAAAGCAAAAGGAAAACAGAGCUGCAAGUGUGGAUGCAAAAAAGAGCCUACAUUUUCUUAUACAGGAAUAGGUCAUGAGCUAGUGUGGCAUGGAUUUAUUGAUAUUGUCUUCUCAUCACAUCUGGGUGUACCAUCAAUAGCCAGUGCUCUGGUGGAGGAAGAAGAAGAAACCACUCCCAAAAAAAGAAAACUUGAUGAAGGGGAUGGUAAAGAUAAAGAUGGUUCACCAGGAGGAAAGACAAUAACAGAAGUCAAACAUGAAAUUCCAGAGCAAACCCUAGUACAAGCACUAGCUCAGACAAUAGUAUUUUCACUGGUUCAGAAACAAAGACACCCAGAUUUUUUAAAUCAUAUGGUACCUAACAUUGUGAUUUCUCCUGAAAAAUUUGAAAUAAUGAUGUAUGAUGCAGAUAAGGAUAUUUUACUGUGCAGCAAUUCAGUUUUCUUGUUCAAUCUAGACGUUCGAGAAAACAGAACUCUUACAAACGAGGCUGUUAUUGUUCUUUGGAUGGUCCUACACUACAGAAUUUUUUGUUCAGGAUUUGAUACAGCUAGUCAAGCUGUAAUUGAAAAAUGCAAGUCAAAUUUUAAGAAUCUUGUUCAAAGCAAAUGGAACAUUUAUUCAGAUUCACUGAAAUGUUGUGUUGCUGGAUUUCCGUCAGUUAAAAGUUGGUCUGUAAAUGAAUUACUGCAGCGUGGACAUCAGUUGAGUUUAAAUUAAUUAUAGUAUAUAGAAUAAGAAAACCGAAAUAAUUCACUCUGUCAUGAUUGUUAUUUUUUAGAUCACCUGAAUAGACUCAGAUGACCUAUUGCUUUUUGUUUUCUUCCAUCAUUGUGUGUUAUUUGAACUCUCUGAAACCACUGAACCAAUUUCAACUAAAUUUGGCAUAUUAGCAUGUAUGGGUUAAGGGGAACAAAAAUUGUGAAUUUCAUAGAUCCUGCCCCCCUUCCCCCUGGGGCCUGAGGAGUGGGGCCAAAACUACUCAAUUUGGUGCAAUCUGUAUAAAAUUUCUUCUUUACUCUUGGACAUUAAGCAGUCAAACUGUUGCUAUGAUUGUAAUCAGCAUUAAGUCUCCUACCAAAAUUGUGAAUGACAUGGCCUCAGAGUUCUAGUGGGAGGGUGGGGCUAUAUAAAUUAUAUAGUGAAAAUGCAUAAAUUCUUUGAAAUUCUUCUCUGUUCAUGGGCAUUAAAUUAACGGGGAUAAUCAAUUGUAUAGUUAUGUUUAAUAAGCCUGCCUCUUUCAAAAUUGUAAAUUUCAUGGCCUCUGGCUUAAACCAUGAAUCAAAUUCAAUUGUUGGAAAGUUGUUACAUGAUACUCAGGUGACCUGUAAGGCACAUGGGCCUUAUCUUUUUUACAAUAUCAUCUUUAAAUGAUAUUUUUUUGUGAUAUCACUUAUAGAUAUCUAAAAUAUUUAAAUUGAGAAGGAGUAUACAUCAUUUAUGUUCUUUUUCCAUGUCAAUCAACACAUUUUCAAAACACUUUUUAUAUGGGAAAAUAAUUAUAAACACUUUUUAAGAAAAAUGUUAUGAGUGUUAUCAAAAUCUUAUAAUAACACAAACAUGGUAACUUCAAUAUGAUUUUCUCUCAAUUUUUUCAUUAAAAACAUGUUUUUUUUUACAUGAUUGCUGAUGGAUACUUGCUAUGAAGCUCUUCAAGAUAACUUUGAGGACAAAAAUGUGUAUUUCAUAUAUUUAAAAUGGUUGACAAUUAUAUAAAUGUAAUGAGAUUGAUGAUACAAUUACAACAGGCUGUCAAGGAUAUCAAAUUUUCAAAUAUCAAUUUUUUUCUUAUGAACUGAUGGCUGAAGGAGCUCAUUUAAUACUUUGGUUAUAAUAUUUAAAUAUUAUGAUGUCUUGAUAGUUGUUGAAUGAAGUAAUAUUAUUUUUUGGUGAUUAUUUAACCUUUUUUUGUUGUUUUCACAUUACAAUCAUUUAUACCUUCCUUUAUAUAUACUGAUUUCUGAAAUGUUGCAUUUUUAUUGUUGCAAGGAAGACAAAUUUUAUCAAUAUUUUUAGAAUAUAUAUAUAUAUACAUAUAUAUACAUAUUUAUAAAUAUACUGACAGCUCAAGUCCUUAGA